GAGAAGAGCUAGCUACUCUAGUCAUUCACAAGUAUCUCAGACAAUUCAGAUAGUAUGGAGUUGGUAUUCUUCACCAGUGUCACUAUGCUAUGCAUUCUUCUCUCUACUUUGCUAACACCAGCUUGUGCUUAUUCUCUGCAUAUUCAAGUCCAGCCAUCGACUGAACUAGCUGGCAAGAAAGAAGUUCAAGCAUUUCAGCUCCAUGCAUUGCCAAGAAAGCUUCGACUCGCUGAAAUAGAAGCUACUGUUGUAGGACAAGAAAUCCAAGAUUCAGCUCCUAAUCACAAACAGCAGCAGAAGCAAAAUGUUCUAGCUGCAGGUGCUAAGCCAUUGAUCCAUGAAGAGGAAGAAGGUGCAGAGGUGAUGCACAGAAGCAGUAGUUCAGGGACAUGGCAGGAGUGGCGAGAGGGCGACGCCGACGACACAUCGGUAUUCUUCACAAUGGACUAUUCCCAAGUGAGAAGACGACGCCCGAUACACAACAAGUCCUUGAAACCAAAUGGCGUUGCUGUUACAACAGCAACUCCAUGAAACAUGCAUGUUUCGUCUCUAGCCUGGAUCGGAAGUAGCACACAGACAGGAAAAAGCUUUGCGGA